UCCGAGCGCGCAACUGCGCAUGCGAAGGCCGGCCCGGAGCCGGGAUCUGACAGCGAUCACCAUCUUUGGUCCCACCCAGCACAGCGCUGCUUCGGAGCCCCCAUUUCACAGCCGGCUCAUUGCGCUUUGGAUGCUGCGGGAGACUUUUGGCAGGGCUCGGCGGAGUAGCGAAGGGCUUUUGAGGCUCUGAGGGGGAGUGCUGACAUUACUACACAAAACGGAAAAAACGGAAGAGAGGAGAAGGCAGAAGAAGAAGACAGCCAUUUAAACCAGCUAGGCGACCGGAAUCAUGACUACAGCUACAUCCCCCAUUCUCAUGAAGUGGGACCCCAAGAACCUGGAAAUUCGCACCCUGACCGUGGAGCGGCUGCUGGAGCCUCUGGUCACUCAGGUAACCACUCUGGUGAACACCAGUAGCAAGGGUCCAUCCAGCAAGAAGAAGGGCCGCUCCAAGAAGGCCCAUGUGCUGGCGUCCUCUGUGGAGCAGGCCACUCACAACUUCCUGGAGAAGGGAGAGCAGAUCGCCCGGGAGAGCCAGGACCUCAAGGAGGAGCUAAUAUCUGCUGUGGACGAUGUUCGCAAACAAGGGGAGACCAUGCACAUGGCUUCCUCAGAGUUUGCUGAUGACCCCUGCUCCUCCGUCAAGCGUGGGACUAUGGUGCGAGCCGCCCGGGCUCUGCUCUCCGCUGUCACUCGCCUGCUCAUCCUCGCCGACAUGGCCGACGUCAUGAGACUGCUGGCCCACCUCAAGAUCGAGCUGAAGGACCCCCAAUGCCGGGAUGAGAUGGCGGCGGCCCGUGGGGCCCUGAAGAAGAAUGCCACCAUGCUGUACACGGCAUCACAGGCCUUCCUGCGGCACCCCGACGUGGCGGCCACGCGUGCCAACCGCGACUAUGUCUUCAAGCAGGUGCAGGAGGCGGUGGCGGGCAUCUCCAGUGCCGCCCAGGCCGCAUCACCCGCCGAUGAGAAGCAGAGCCACGCCGGCAUCGGAGAACUGGCCGCCGCCCUCAACGAGUUUGAUAACAAGAUCAUCCUGGACCCGCUGACCUUCAGUGAGGCCCGGUUCCGCCCAUCGCUGGAGGAGCGCCUGGAGAGCAUCAUCAGCGGUGCCGCCCUCAUGGCCGACUCGUCGUGUACGCGGGAUGACCGACGCGAACGCAUCGUGGCUGAGUGCAACGCCGUGCGGCAGGCGCUGCAGGACCUGCUCGGCGAGUACAUGAACAACACGGGCCGUAAAGAGAAAGGGGACCUUCUAAACACAGCCAUUGACAAAAUGACGAAAAAGACCAGGGACCUGCGCAGACAGCUGCGCAAAGCCGUGAUGGACCACAUCUCAGAUUCCUUCCUAGAGACGAACGUGCCCCUGCUGGUCCUAAUCGAGGCAGCGAAGAGCGGUAAUGAGAAGGAGGUGAAGGAGUAUGCGCAGGUCUUCCGGGAGCAUGCCAAUAAGCUGGUGGAGGUGGCAAACCUGGCCUGCUCCAUCUCCAACAACGAGGAAGGUGUGAAGCUGGUGCGCAUGGCCGCCACGCAGAUCGACAGCCUGUGUCCACAGGUGAUCAAUGCUGCUCUUACACUGGCCGCUCGGCCUCAGAGCAAAGUCGCCCAGGAUAAUAUGGAUGUCUUCAAAGAUCAGUGGGAGAAGCAGGUCCGGGUGUUGACUGAAGCUGUGGAUGACAUCACCUCCGUUGAUGACUUCCUGUCUGUCUCAGAGAACCACAUCCUGGAGGACGUGAAUAAAUGCGUCAUUGCGCUACAGGAGGGCGACGUGGACACAUUGGAUCGUACUGCAGGCGCUAUCCGAGGCCGGGCUGCCCGCGUUGUGCAUAUAAUCAAUGCCGAGAUGGAGAACUAUGAAUCAGGCAUUUACACGGAGCGUGUUCUGGACUCCCUCAAGAUCCUCUCAGAGACCGUCAUGCCCCGUUUUGCUGAACAAGUUGAGGUUGCGAUUGAAGCACUGAGCACGACCCCCUCGCAGACCUUUGAGGAGAAUGAGUUCAUCGACGCUUCCCGCCUUGUGUACGACGGCGUUCGUGACAUCAGGAAGGCGGUCCUCAUGAUCAGGACACCAGAGGAGCUGGAGGACGACUCCGACUUCGAGCAGGAGGACUAUGAUGCUCGCAGCCGCACCAGCGUGCAGACGGAGGAUGACCAGCUCAUCGCUGGGCAGAGCGCCAGAGCCAUCAUGGCUCAGCUACCACAGGAGGAGAAGGCAAAGAUCGCUGAGCAGGUGGAGAGCUUCCGUCAGGAGAAGUGCAAGCUGGACGCCGAGGUGGCCAAGUGGGAUGAUAAUGGAAAUGACAUAAUUGUGCUGGCCAAGCAGAUGUGCAUGAUAAUGAUGGAGAUGACGGAUUUCACCAGAGGCAAAGGCCCACUGAAGAAUUCCUCAGAUGUGAUUAAUGCUGCGAAAAAGAUCGCAGAAGCAGGAUCCAGGAUGGACAAGCUGGCCCGAGCUGUGGCAGACCAGUGUCCUGAUUCAGCCUGCAAGCAGGAUCUUCUUGCCUACCUGCAGAGAAUUGCUCUCUACUGCCAUCAGCUGAACAUCUGCAGCAAGGUGAAAGCAGAGGUGCAGAACCUUGGAGGGGAGCUCAUUGUCUCGGGGCUGGACAGCGCCACGUCCCUCAUCCAGGCCGCCAAAAACCUGAUGAAUGCCGUCGUUCUCACUGUGAAGGCAUCGUACGUGGCUUCCACCAAGUACCAGAAGGUUUAUGGAACAGCUGCUGUCAACUCACCCGUGGUCUCCUGGCGCAUGAAAGCUCCGGAGAAGAAGCCUCUGGUGAAGAGGGAGAAGCCUGAAGAGUGCCAGACCCGGGUGCGACGCGGCUCUCAGAAGAAGCACAUCUCGCCCGUUCAGGCGCUGAGCGAGUUCAAGGCCAUGGACUCCUUCUAAGCGCAAAGACGAAUGAAAAGGCAAAACGAUAGCAUUUUUGUUUUUCUUUUUUAAUCAUUUUGAUGACCCAUAUAAUUAUUUCUCUUAUUACUGUUAUUUAUUCUAAAUAACCCUUUGCAGAUUGUCUUUAUUACUGUGAAAAGACAAACUUCCUUUUUCCUUCCUCACAAGGUGAGAUCUUUGUUUUAUCUCAGCCAAACUGACCCAUAACAAUGACGUUGUCGUCCUUACUGCUCUUUCUGGUGGAUGAACAUGCAUAUCAAAAUUUGCCUUGCCCGACACACCAGUCUAACAAUACUCCAUAAAGUUGAAUGAAAAAGAUGCCGGUUUGUUACUAACCUCGAAACAUCAGGACAUUCCCGUCCUGACAGUAUCAUGCGUGUGUUCCAUGUUUCUAACACCAUGUUGUCUUCUUACAUCAUCACUGUCUGACAUCAUAUUGUUACGUUUCUUAAAGCAAUUGUAACACUGCUAGACUGUACAGGCUACCGAGUAUUACUGACGGCCUGGAAAAGGGCAUAGAUUGACUCGCUUUGAGACAGCAGGCGGCCCUGGCUACUGUAUCUUUACAGUGACAAUUUAAUAUGAAGUCCACAGUCUGGCUGCUGAAUGAUUUGGUGCUCUUUUAUGCAUUCUGGAUUCAAGGUCACCUUUAUGUUUCAUUAACUGAACCUGCAUCUCAGCCCUUGUGUAUGAAUGAAUAAAAAAAGCUAAUGUUGAA